AUGGAUCGACAAUCAUGGGUAAAAGUCAUACAAAAUUGCAAGACACUUCCAACAGCUUCCAAGAUCGAUGCAGAGUUGAGACAUAAGAUUGCUUCUCAUGACACUUUCCUCUUUAACAAGCUCAUUGAAAUGUAUGGCAAAUGCGGCAAUCCAGGCCAGGCCAAGAACAUCUUUGACACAAUGCCACAACGGGAUAUAUUUUCCUUCCAUCUUAUGAUCUUAGCCUACUCCCACAAUGGCCAUCUUUGCGAAGCCAAGAUCAUCUUUGACAAUCUCAUGCCAAGCCACACCACAGUCUCUUGGAACACAAUGCUAUCAGCACUUGCCCAAAACGGGCAUCUUCACUCUGCCAGAGAGCUCUUUGAUCAAAUGCUCGAAAGAAACAUGAUCUCCUGGACCACAAUGUUGGCUGCCUUCUCUCACACCGAUAACCUUCAAAAAGCCCUGAUGAUAUUCCACGAGAUGCCACUGUGGGAUCUGGUGGCAUAUACCACAAUGCUGGGUGCUCUCUCCCGUGGUGGCGACGUUGACGCUGCGAAAAGGCUGUUUGAUCAGUCCCCGCUGUGGGAUCUUGUGUCCUGGACCGCGCUGCUAGCGGUAUAUGCCCAGAACGGGCAUCUGGAAGAUGCCAAGUCUGUGUUUGACGAGAUGCCAGAGCACGAUUUGGUAUCUUGGACCUCGAUGCUAACAGUAUAUUCUCGAACCGGACACGUACAAAAAUCUCGGGAGACGUUUGAUCGCAUGCCGGAGAGGAAUUUAUUCUCGUGGGCCGCAAUGGUGGCGGUAUAUACCCGAGAGGGUGACAUGGAAUCUGCGGAGAAAACUUUUAGCGAGAUGCCACAGUGGAAUCUAGUCUGCAUGAAUGCUAUGGUCUCAGGAUAUUCCCACACCGGGAAUUUCUAUGCCGCAAGGAGCCUGUUUGAACGUAUGCCUCUUGGCAAUGUAAUUACGUGGAAUAUUCUCCUGGCAGCGUACGUAGCACGUGAAGACUACGACAAAACGUGUGUCAUCUUUAGCCAAAUGCCUCAAUGUGAUUUGUUCUCUUGGAAUAUGCUCAUGACAGCAUAUGCCCGAAAAGGGUAUCUGGAGGAAGCAGGACAUAUUUACGGCACAAUGCCACAAAGGAAUCUUGUUUCAAUGACCGCCAUGCUAACAGCAUAUUCCCAACAUGGGUAUCAUUUUGAAGCAAAGAUGCUGUUUGAUGCUGCCCCUCAACAAGAUCAGGUCCUUUGGAACUGUAUGCUUGCAGCAUAUACCCAGAACGGGUAUAUUCCAGAUGCCGAGCUUCUAUUUUACUCCAUGCCACAAAGGGACAAUGUGUCCUGGAACGCAAUGCUGGCCGUUUAUGCCCGACGCGGGCAUAUAUUUCGAGCUACACGGCUGUUUGAGACGAUGCUCGAGCAAGACAUCACUUCCUGGAGCGCUUUGCAAGCGGCAUACGCCCAAAACGGCCACUCUUUCCAAACUUUCGAGACCUUCGACAAGAUGGCGAUGGUGGAGUCACCCGACGAGAUCUGCUUCAUCCUCUAUCUCGUCGCUUGCAGCCAAGCCGGAGAAACGUUCAGAGGACGGUGUUGUUUCGUGUCGAUGGCGAUGGAUUUCGGCCUCCAGCCCGGAAAGCAGCACUACAGCUGCGUGGUGGACUUGCUUAGCCGAGCAGGAUACUUGUCCAGUGCCAAGGAACUCAUCCAAACCAUGCCUUUCGUUCCGGGAGUGUGGGAGUGGACCUGCUUUCUAGGAGCUUGUCGGAGCUAUAGCGAUUCCUAUCACGGUUCCCAAGCUGCGAGCAUUGUUCUCGAGUCGUAUCAGCAGCUGGGAUCCGGCUAUGUGCUGCUUGCCAACACUUACUUCGGAUUCCAACCUGAAAGUUCUAUACAAACUCCGAAGCUCGAAAGCACAAAGCCUAGAGCAUGGGUGGAGUGUAACCCAAACUGUUGA